GAAAUCCAAGAUGGACGACGAAGAGAUAACGAGGCCCGAGCUCCAAGGAAUCUUCGACGAAUUCAAACGAAUUCGAGAUGCAUACGUAGCUAUGAAAGCUUACUGCGUAACCCAGGGGCAGGUUUUGUCGCUAGAGUACGAACGCACUCAACGAAUGAAAGAAAAUUUGGAAAAACUGAUGGAGGCGUAUCAGUUUCUCACGAAUCGAUACAAGGUCGACGUGGAGAAAUUGCAAAAGGAGAAUGAAACUCUUUGUAAGACGAUCGAAGGCCUAAAAGAACAGUGUGACUAUUUACGUCUGAUAGCCACCGACCGUAACAGCAGUGACCAACAAACAUUCCAAAUGCAGGACGAGAUUGAAGUUUUGAAAGCCAAUUUGCUGCUACAGGAAGAGAAACACAAUGAAGAUGUUGCUUUGCUCAGGCAGAAACAUUCUGAUGAGAUUCAGAGAUAUAAGAUGUUACUGAACUCCAGAGUUGCUACUCAUCAAAAUAAGAAAAGAGAACAACCAAAAACAGCAAAGAAAACCAAGGAAAAUGUGCCCCCAUUCUUUAGGUGGCCAGUAUUGGACAUUGAGAAGGUGAAUGCCACCCCUAUGGACAUUGAGGAAGCAAUUGGAGACUUUGGUAAAGGAAACAAGAAGAGGAAGUUGUUUUCUGAAAACAGUGACACUCCAAUUAACAUUGUUUAA